GGAAGGAGACCGCAAACAUGUGAUAACUUGCCACAGGUUAGCAGUCCAUUAGUGAUAUGCAGCGUCUUCUUCAGAGGCCCACUUCCCAGCCCCCCAUCCCUCUCAUCUCUGUGUAAAACCAAGGUUGACAGACCAGCAGUAUGAUACAGACAUGAGGACAGACGAUCGUCUCUCUUCUUUACAGACAUGAUGCUUCCAACAUAAACAGAAAGAUUAGAAGGAUGAAAGGGAACAAUGGCGAGUGCGGUGGUGGGGGGGUUGUAGAUGACUGCCAAAGUGCCCUCUACCUCCCAGAAGAGGUGGAGUAAAGGGUUUGAUUAGACCAUGGAUAACGGCAGCUUGGGAUUGCUCGGAGAUGUUAACACAUCUCUUCAGAUUGAACUUCAAUCCUGUACUACACUGAGGAACCAGGCCUCUCGCAUUUUCCUGUAUGCCUUCCUCUCUGUUGGGAUCGUCUGCACAGUUGUGGGCAACUUCCUGGUGGUCUUGUCCAUUGCCUACUUCAAGCAUUUGCAGUCACCCACAAACUCCUUCGUCAUGUCCCUAGCAGUGGCUGACUGCCUUGUUGGCCUGGUAGUGAUGCCUUACAGUAUGAUUCGGACCGUGGAGGGAUGCUGGUACUUUGGUGUCCUUUUUUGUCAGCUUCACUCUAGCCUAGAUGUCAUGCUCUGCACUGCCUCCAUAUUCCAUCUCAGCUGCAUUGCCUUUGACCGCUACUACGCUGUCUGCAACCCACUGGUUUACUCGUUAAAGAUGUCCCACAGUCGGGUAGCUCUCCUUAUUGUUGUUUGUUGGGCAGUUCCCAUGUUCAUUUCCUUUGGCCCCAUUAUGCUAGAUCUUCAUAUUGCCGGUGUGGACAUCCUGCUCCCUAAAGAUGUAUGUGUGUUCUUGGUCAAUCGCAUUUAUGCUGUCAUGGCCUCCUUGGUAGCCUUUUACUUGCCGAUGGUUAUCAUGCUAUUAGCCUACUGGAAGAUCUUCAAAGCUGCCAAACGGCAGGCCAGGCAGAUCAGCGCCAUGGAAAGCCAGAUGGCUGCUGGAGUGGGCAAAGAUUCAAGCAAGAAACAAAGACACCGAAACACUAUGAAGAGGGAAAGAAAGGCGGCAAAAACCUUGGGCAUCAUCAUGGGAGUGUUCCUAAUCUUCUGGAUGCCCUUCUUUACAGUCAACAUUGUGGACCCGUUCAUUGAAUACAGCACGGAGGUCGUCGUCUGGGAUAUAUUUUUGUGGCUAGGAUAUAUCAACUCAUCUCUAAAUCCCUUCCUGUAUGGUCUCUUCAACCGUUCCUUCCGUAGGGCAUUUCUCAUGUUCAUGGGCUGCAGGGUAUGCCUGCCUGGAUCCUCCCCUGGGAUGGAGCUAUCGCACACUAGGAAAGAGGCAAAUGAACGUGCAGAUCAACCAUAAAAUAAAGAUAGUAUCUGUAUAUUUUGUAUACAAAGCUCAGUGAAUCAAUGGCACUAUUCAUACAAUUUUUUGUCAACAGCAUGGAAAAAUAUGUUUGAAUCAGGAAGAAUUAUAAUUAUACUUCAACCAUAAUGUAUGAAAUCACCUCUUUUCCUUCCAUGUAAAGGUAAUGUGCUCUGUGGCACAAAAGUUUUGAUUUUGUGACGGAGAAAAAGUCUGCCACAAAGACUUUUUCCAGUUUUAGCACUUUUAAGUAAAUUAUCUUUGGAUUAUGUCCAUGUGUUGCUCUGGCCUUGAAAGAACAGUUUCCCAAUGCAGGAAAUGCGUCAGUGAUAUUAGAUGAAAAUUCAACCAGAAAGUUGUUGUGAACUGCAGCAAUAUUUUGGGAAGAUGGCAAUCUAUCUAUAGAUAUUAUAUUAUGUUUAUGUCUAAAGUAUACGAAUGGCUCUAUGUUGAAGUAGAAGCAUUCAAAUGAUUGCCACAUGUGUAUAUAUCUACAAUAAAAAGAGUUUCCUUUAAAAAUAAUUUUUCAAUAAUAAUAAGGGAAGCUUUAAAUGGAUCCAGGGGGAUGGCAGAACAGAUAGGGCCUAGAAAUUGCUACAACUGAACUUAAUUUGUUUUCUUCAAUCUACAUACUGUGGAGGAGGAUCAUAUUUAAACCGCAGAUAACAGGUUUUUGUGGGAUAGAAAACAAUUCCCAAAACCUAAAAAAAGGUUUGGAAGACGUGCAAGGCAAGACUUGAAGAGGCCACAUCAAAGGGGUACGUGACGCUUUACUAGGAUGACACAACGGAGAUUUACAUCUCAGAGGGAUCAAAAACUGCAGAGGUCAAGCGUCACUAGACAGGAGUGCCAGGUCUUCAGACAACUGCAGGGCAAUAAAAACAUCCUGAUGAAACGUGCAGAUAAGAGUGAAGGUGCACAAGUUUGAAGCUGUCCGCCACCUCUGGUCAUAGAAGCGACGCAGGACCCUCUGUCUUUGGUGACACUGGCACCUGAGAAGCCGAGUGAAAGCUCGCUGGAACUCUUUGCUGGAGCAGGGGUAGAUCAUGGGGUUGAUGCAGCUGUUGAAGUAGCCCAGCCAGAAGAUCACCUUGAACACAGUUUCGGAUGGUUUCAGUGCCGGGAAGAAGGAACCUAGAAGAAGACGGAGCCAUCAGAAAGAUUUUUGUCCUUGUCUCCCCAGGCUUGGAUUUAACACAGUGUUGACCCUGGACACAGAGGUAACAUAUCACAGUGCUAAUGUCAAGUCUGCACUGCCUGGGCCCAGAAGUCAUUUCAGUUCUGUCAGUACAAUGUGGAAAUAUAUGAAAUGGCUUGUAUCUGAUUUUCAAAGUAAGGGUUUCAUGUUGACAUCAGCUACCAACAACAUACUGUGCACUUGCUAAGAAAUACAAACAGGAGGCUUGGGCCAAAAGCUAAAUAAUAAAACAGAGUUAUCACUCUUACUCUAACUCUAACUCUAACUCUAAAACUCUGUAACCUGUAACCCAGUUCUGACUCAACAUGGUUAAAGAUAAAUUAAGUGAUUAAAGGUCUGAUUAAGUGAUGUUCUCCAUUGAUUCUUCUCACUGAAAUGGCAUCACCUUAAAGGCAGACAGCAAGUGAAUCACCACUCUGACGCAUUUCCACAACACCAUGACAACAAGCAAUAUCUUUUAGGGUUCCUUUUUGUUUUAUUGCCUUUGAGAUAACAUCAUCUUUUAAGUAUGGUGUCUGCAAGAUGAUUGCCAUUUUGAAUCUUUUCUGAGGAUGUGAUUUUUUGAAAGUUCACAUUGGCUCAUAUCCUAGCACAAAUCAUAAAGCCAUGCAACAAAUGAAUGCUUUGAAUACACGUUGAAGCUCGUCAAGGAGUCUGGGGACCUGUCCACUUUCUCAGACAACAUUUUGUGACGGCUCUUUUGUGUGAGAAGACAGAUUCCUAAUCAGCCCUCAGUUACAGAGCUGAGGAAUUAUCUCAUUGACAUUUAAUGUUCUGUGUGAAGGUCAACAUUUGAUGCUGUUUUUUUUUUGUUUUUUUUAAACUCACCCUCAACAUAUGGCCACCAAGGACCAAGCUAUAGUUGGUAUAGUAAUGAAUACUUGCAUAACCACUGAAAUGGCUGCUAUGACCAUUACACAUAUUGUGAUGGGCAAAGUGCUACUUACUGUAUAUUACCAGAAAAAAAAUCUUUAAAGCUCAUCAUAAAUACUUUUUUAAAGGCUAAAUAAUUUCCUAAAACAGCUGGGCACUGUAGUUUUUAGCAAAUGUUUCUCAAACAGGAGUAAACAGUAUCUUUGUUGGGGACUAAUUUCAGCUGCAAAUUUGCUGUGUUAGUAUUUACAGCAGAAGGACGGUGUAUGUGGGAUCCACUCAAAAUAAACUACAGUGCCCAUGUUCAUCAUAAUGAAGAAACAUGUCACCCAGUGCAACAGUGUGGCUCACUGAUGUGUUUUUAAUAGGUUUUGGACAACAGUGGCGGUCUUCUGGCACAGAAAAAUAAGGUACACAGGCUACAAUACUUGUUAGUCGUAUUAAUUCAUUGUUGGUUUUGGUCUUUCCAUGGGAUUUGUUGACAUUAAGAAAAAUAUAGAAUAUCACCAGACUUAUUCUUUAAAGAGAGAAAUCCUUGAGUUCUUGAUGACCAAGUAUAAUAUACAUAGACCAAGUGUAUUGUUUCAAUAUUCCUCAAUAGAGAAUGCACAAAAUAAAAAGAAAGUCAACUGUAAAAAGUAAUAAAUGGAAGCUUGAAACAUGUAUGACUGUGUGCUUUUAUGCUGGUUGGAUUUGUGUCAGCAACAAAUACAGAAAUAACUGCCAUUUAUAACACUUGGAUUAUUCAUACUAAAAAGCUAACUGUGUACUCCCUGUGCAAUAUGGUUGUACUUUGUGUUUUAUCCAUUACACUGGGAGAUAGACAGCAUUCAAAGUAAUUCUGAAAGGAUAUUUCUUCCAUCAGUUUCUGGAGAAAAAAAAAUAGUAUUCAUGAGUCUGGUGCACUAAUAUAAGCAAAUGGUGUUAGGACACUCUCACUGAGGUUUCAGAUGAGUAAGACUACUUCAUCUUGAUUUGCAUUUUCACAGAGAAAGGGCCUGAUUGGCAUAAGAGGUGCUAAAAGUACAUGUCUGCCUCUCAGCAAAAGGUUACUCAUUUAUGAUAUGUCUAUACAACGUACCAACAUCAAUCUGUCUGACUGACCAAGUAUGGGUUAGCAGGGCUAGGAAUUUCUGGUUGUGACUGCUCUAACUUGUCUCUAACUUGUCCUUUAGGAAACAAACAGUAACCCCCCAUAGGGAUGAAUCUAUAAUAACAACAACUUUAUUUAUCCCUAUGGGGACUUUAUGUUUUAAACUACACAGAGGAUCAAAUUACAGAACAGCAUUUCGGGAGGGAUUCUGCAGGGCAGAUGGUUUCCACCAAGGAGUUUAAAUUUGGCUUUAACGAUCACAUUCCAUCCAUUAAGAUACUGCGGACACUAGUUUAGAUGACAAAGGUGUUCUUGACGUUUUUAUCAUGCAAAUUAGAGGCCUCUGCCAUCUACCAGGAAUCUUACAUUUCAAACCACGACAACUAGAGAUAUCGUCAGACCUAUUUCUCUAACAGUUAUUCCUUUGGGAAGAGCUUCCUUUUGUUUUCUUUUGAUUACUGAUUUUUAGCAGUGCCACACAGAGUCGUGGACUCUUUCAGACUUGAGAUGACAUCUCCCAAGAGCCAGCUGUAUAAUAUGAUCACAAAGGUAUCAUAUGAUAAUGAAAAUCAUAUUAUUAGAGAUUGUCAUAAUCAACUUAAAAUGUAUGUUUCAGAUUGGCCCCAAUAUGUAUAUUAAAAGA